AAUUUUAUAUACUUAUUUGAUAUCGCGAUUGCUACGCAUGCGCGAAACCGAGCUAAUUUCUCAUCACUCUAGAUAUAAAUAUGGAUCUCUAUUAGAAUCGUUAUAUAAAAUUUGUCUUAUUAAUCGAGGGUAAAGCGCAACUAAUCUCUUUCUCUCUCGUGAAUUGUCUAUACACUUAUAUGUCUUUUUAUUCUUUAUUGGUUUAACUCUUUAUAUAUGACGAUUAAUAGACUUAAUAAUCAUAAUCAUUAAUAAAGGAAGUAACUACAAAUUACAGAAGGAGAAAAUAAGCUCCCUAUGCAUCAGUUUGACGAUUAAACGAAUCAUUGAAAAUAUUUCAAACAUUAAACAAAAUGGAAAUUGAUGAUACUUAUAAAAAGCAUGAAAAUGAUGAUGCUAAAGAAACUUAUACAAACCUCAGAAAAUCAAUUCCUCAGUUGGAAGAAUUAUUUCAUAUACAUCACAAGGUUGGAGAAGGUGCGUUCAGUUCUGUUUUUCUGGCUACUCUGAAGUCUUCUAACAGAAGGAAAAAAUUUGCAUUAAAAUACUUGAUUCCCACUUGUCAUCCCGAAAGAAUCGAACGUGAAUUAAAAUGUCUUCAACAGAUAGGUGGUAAAGAGUACAUUGUUAAUCUAGAAUUAUGUUUGAGAAAUCAUGGCUCGGUAGUAUUUGUAAUGCCAUAUAUGAAGCAUGACAAAUUCCCAGACUAUGUGAAAGAUAUGACUGUUGAAGAAACAAAGGCUUACAUGAGAGCUUUAUUAAGUGCCCUACGAAGGGUUCAUAAGUUCGAUAUUAUCCAUAGAGAUGUUAAGCCCAGUAAUUUUCUCUAUGAUCGUACUAACAGAAAGUAUUUAUUAGUGGACUUUGGUCUUGCUCAACAAAGUACCACAGAGGAUUUUAAAACUACAAAAGAAACCAACAUAAAAAGUAUGAACAUAACACCAGCUGUCAAACGAAAAAGAUCGGACGAAAACAAUGUAAAUCUCCAGUUGAAUACCGUCGGGAAAAGGACUGGAGAUAACAAAUGUUACUGUUUUGGCAAACCAAAAGUUUGUUCGUUAUGUUUAACAAAACCACAGGAGCAAGCACCUCGUGCGGGUACACCAGGUUUUCGCGCUCCAGAAGUUUUAUUAAAGUAUUCUUCGCAAACCUCAGAUGAUUGCACAGCUUUAGCGGAAAUAACGUCGAUGUUUGGAACACAUAAUGUGCAGCAGUGUGCGCAAAAAUUAGGUAAAAAAGUUAUUUUUAGCAAUAAUUUACCAGGCAUUGACAUUAUGCCUUUGUGUCAAAAAUUACAAAAAAGAAAUAGAAGCAUGACAUAUGAUAAGGAUAGUACAUGCAAGAAGGUAUUGCCAGAUAUCGAGUAUCCCAAGGAAGCGUACCAUCUCUUGAUGAAGCUUCUAGACUUAGAUUACAAAACACGUAUCACUGCUGAUCAAGCAUUAUCUCAUCCAUUUUUGAGAGAGAGUUUAUGAUGUAUAAAAGAUAUAGUUUUUGUAAACUUGUGUAUAUUAUACAUUUGAU